ACACAAUGGCUCUGAGGGUAUCGCUUGCGCGGCAGGUGGCGCUUGCUGGCAGGCUUUCGUCGUCUGCUGCGGGCGGCAAGAGGUGCUUUUCUGCGACGAGGGCGGCGGCGAGUUUGUCGGAGAAUGCGAAGCAGUCCAUCAAGCGAGACGCAGCUCUGCCGAACCCCGACCCGGCGCCAGACUCGCCCAGCGCGGCCCUCGUCAACGACCAUGCGCCCUACAUGGUGGCCACGUACGCCCGGCCGCCGCCCGUCUUCGUGCAGGGCGAGGGCUCGUGGCUGUGGGACAUUGAGAACCGAAAGUAUCUCGACUUCACGGCGGGGAUUGCGGUGACGUCGCUGGGACACAGCGACCCCGAGUUUGCAGACAUCAUCGCACAGCAGGCCAAAACGCUCGUCCACGCUUCGAACCUGUACUACAACCCCUGGACCGGCGCGCUCUCCAAGCUGCUGGUCGAAAAGACGCUCGAGGCGGGCUGCAUGCACGAGGCGUCCAAGGUCUUCAUCUGCAACUCGGGCACCGAGGCCAACGAGGCCGCCAUCAAGUUCGCGCGCAAGGUUGGCAACACGCUCGACCCGUCGGGCGCCAAGUCGGACGUCGUCUCCUUCAACCAGGCCUUCCACGGGCGCACCAUGGGCGCGCUGUCGGCGACGCACAACCCCAAGUACCAGAAGCCGUUUGCGCCCAUGGUGCCCGGCUUCAAGCAGGGCACGUACAACGACGUGGCGGGCAUCGAGGCGCUCGUCGACGAGAACACGUGCGGCGUCAUCGUCGAGCCGAUCCAGGGCGAGGGCGGCAUCCACGCCGGCAGCGAGGCGUUCAUGGUUGCGCUGGCGAAGCGGUGCCGCGAGGUCGGCGCCGUGCUCAUCUACGACGAGAUCCAGUCGGGCCUGUCCCGGACCGGCGACCUCCCUGUCCUCUAUGCUUCUUGUUCUCUGUGCGAGUGA